AGAAAGAGACUCAUUGAAUUCCAACAUUUGAAGAUUUCUUAUCUUUUCAUCAUCCUAUCUAGCCUCAAAUAAAUAAAUAAUGCCAGCGAGGGCACAAAUAUGAAACUCUACGCCAUCGGAGAUCUCCAUCUCAGCUACGAGUACAACCGCAAGGCACUCCAGGAAUUGAAGCCGCAUCCCAACGAUGGACUCAUCCUAUGCGGCGACGUGGGGGAGACGGAGCAGCACCUCGAGCUAGCCUUCGAAGCCGGGAAGCGGAACUUCAAGGAGGUGUUCUGGUGCCCGGGCAACCACGAGCUGUACACGAUGGGGUCGUCACGGCCGGACCUGCGGGGCGAGGCCAAGUACGAGCACUGCGUGGAGGUGGCGCGGCGGCACGGCGUGCACACGCCCGAGGACCCCUUCGUGCGCUGGGAAGGCGAGGACGGGCCCGCGCUCGUCGCCCCCAUCUUCACGCUGUACGACUACAGCUUCCGCCCCGCGGACGUGACGCGCGAGGGCGCGCUGCGCUGGGCCGAGGCCGCCGACACCGUCGCCACCGACGAGUUCCUGCUGCACCCGGACCCGCACCCCUCGCGCGACGCGUGGUGCGAGGCGCUCGUGCGCCGGUUCGCGCGCCGGCUCGAGACGGAGAACCCGGACAGCCUGCCGCUCGUGAUCGCGAACCACUGGCCGCUGCGCCAGGACCUCGUGUUCAUCCCCAAGGUGCCGCGCUUCAGCCUCUGGUGCGGGACGAAGGCGACGGAGGACUGGCACACGAGGUUCCCGACUACCAAGGUGGUUGUUUCGGGGCACCUGCACGUGCCCCGCACCGACUGGAAGGACGGCGUCCGCUUCGAGGAGGUCAGCCUUGGGUACCCGCGCCAGUGGCAGGAUGUCCAGGCCGUCGGCAAGGAUAUCAACGAUCUGCUGCGCGAGAUCCUGCCCGGCCCGCCGCCGCCGCCGGGGGGCGAGGCGGAGAUGAAGUGGCGGCGAUGGGGAUGAUAUGGGGGGGGGCAUACGUACCUACUUUCCGUUUGUUUCGAAUGAGAUUACUGCGAGCAUGUGUGCACUUAGAGUAGGAAAGCAUAGAAAAGGCGCAGACGAUGAGCUACGAAUAGGGGCAGGGUACUACGGGAGCAUGGUCUACUAAGGGCAUAUAGAUGAUCAGGGUGAUUUAUGCGAUGUUUUCAUUAUGGUAGAUUCAUACCUACCGGUGUCAUGCAUCUUAUUUCGAUCGCCUGAGUCCUACCUCUUUUCCACGAAUCUCUUACUGAUACCUAGUCGGUAUCCAGUUUUCAUGAUACUUCAAACUCGGAGAGAAGCAUACGUCUAAAUUAUUGCUAUGUACUAUGGACGGGUCCCUUGACAUCCCGUAUAGAUCU